AUAUAUAUGGACAUGGGGUGGCGCUUACAAUCUAGAAGCCGGCUCUUCGAGCAAAAUGGCGACGGAAAACGAAAUAAGAGAAGCCGAAGGCACAGACGGGAGCGGAUCUCCACCGAAUGAGCCGAAAGCCACACAAAAAAGGGUCAGGACCAAUGUGCCGGAGGUGGAGAUCCAUCUCUACAGACAAGGCAAGGGUCCGAUUGACGUGUUCAAGUCGAGCUUGGGAGGGUGGGACCAGGACCAGCUGGAGGUUCGAGAAAUCCUCGAGAAAUACGGGCUCAAGUCGAUCUUCGCCUUCAAUCCCGCGUCGGGUCGGGGAGUACCGAUCCCUUUUGGGAGGAAUGGUAGGUCUGUGCUUGGGUAUAGAGAUGGAUCGGUCAUUCAUGUUGAUGGAGAACUAAAGGACUCCUCCAUCAAACCAGUGACCAAGAUCUUACUAGGGACAGCAAUGAUCACUCUUUUGUUAACAUUGGUUCUGAAGGAACCUGCAGAAUGGAUCAAGAUAUCAAACCCUUUCGGGGGAAGCUUCCCUCCAUGGAUCCUUGCUUGUGCUGUUAUUGUUUUUACUCGCAUGAGGAAGAGAACUAGGGACUUUUUGAAAAAGCGCGGCUGGUAAAAAACAUGCUGCUGAGCAUUUCUGAUUUUGGCUGAUUCGUGUUUUGUGUUUGCUUUCGCUUUUUAAAUUGUUUUUCGAUGUUCUUAAAGUGU